CACAUUAAACGGACUCAUCACACAUACUGACUAAACAAAAGAAGCAAAAUCUUACAGUAGAAACAAAUUCUCUCAUCUCCGACGAGAAGAAAAAAAAAAACAGAGUUUGUAUGGCAACCAGAUCGAAGAGCUUUCAGUUGAUCACCACCGGUUUAAGGACGCACCUCGUCAAGACACGCGCUUCGGCACGCGCCACCGCCUCUGCUCUCUUCCCUUCACGUCGGAGUGGUCAUUCCUCGGCGUAUGAUAAGAACGUGGAGGAUGAACUGCAUGCAAGUGCAGUACCUGACGAAGUCAUAAAGCCAGAUUCCGAUAAAUAUUGGUCUCCUCAUCCCCAAACAGGAGUUUUCGGCCCCUCCACUGCUGAGCACACCCCCGCUGCUGAGGGUGCACGCCAGGACUCUGCGGUGCUGGAGGAGACUGCUUGGUUUCGCCCCACAAGUCUCGAGGACUCGGACAAGACUCACCAUGUUUGAGUCUCCCACUCUCUCUUUCUCCCUGCUUUUUACUGGUGUAAUGUUGUUGUAAUAAGGUUCUUUCUAAGUAGACAAUCUGCCAAGUCAAAUAGUGUCCUAAAAUAACUUUUAUGUUCUGCUGGUAUGUCUAUGUUGAUGGGUGUUAACAAUAAAGAUUCAAACCAAUCAAAAAUGAGGUUUGGUUUUAAA